AUGUCUUCUAGGAGUUUCUUGGCCAUGAUCUGGGCAGUCUCACGUUUGGUUUGGAACGUUCGGCGGGCGGUGGUUCCUCAGCCCCUUGGUAGGCGUCCCUCUUCAUCAAGGGCCACUACGCAGGUCGGUGCCUGCGCGCUGGUGCACCUGGCAGCCGUGCUCGAGCACCUCACCAGGGAGGUUCCAGAGCUGGCCAUCUGCAACGACGAGGAGCUCAACAAGCUUCAGGGCAGCGUGACGAUCGCCCAGAGAGGUGUCCUACCCAACAUCCAGGCCGUGCUGCCACCCAAGAAGACCAGCACCACCGUGGGGCCGAAGGCACCCUUGGACAGCAAGAAGACCACCUAG